GGCUUCACGGACGACGGAGACAGAAGUGCAGUCCGCAGUAUAUGAGUGCUCGACAGCCUGAAGUCACUGUUGGAGCUACUUCACACCAGGACCUCAGACCGACAACCCCAAAGCAUCUUUUCACCAGCAUCAAUAUGGCCCCGCAACUUGCAUGGAUCGGCCUUGGCAACAUGGGAAGGGGCAUGUGCGCCAACCUCGUGUCAAAGGGAAGCCUUGACAAGCCCCUGAUCCUCUACAACCGCACGCAGAAGCGCUCAGAUGACCUCUCCGCCAAACUCGGCUCCUCCAAGACCAAAGUCGCGACCACGAUCCCGGAAGCCGUCAAGGACAGCGACAUCAUCUUCAUCUGCGUUGGCGAUGACGCCGCCGUGAACGACACCGUCGACACCAUCUUGACCGAGGACGUCAACGGCAAGCUCAUCGUCGACUGUUCAACCGUGCACCCCGACACCACCAACGCGCUCGAGAAGAAGAUCACCGCCGCGGGCGCAGAAUUCGUCGGGAUGCCCGUCUUCGGCGCCCCAGCCAUGGCCGACGCAGGUACACUCGUCUGCGUAGCCGCCGGCCGCUCGUCCUCGGUAGCGAGAGUCCUACCCUACACCGACACCGUGCUUGGGCGGGCAACGAUUAACUUCUCCGCCCAGCCGGCCGGCAACGCCACCCUGCUCAAAGUAAUCGGCAACACGUUCAUCCUGAACAUGGUCAACCAGCUCUCCGAGGGCCACGUGCUGGCCGAGAAAACGGGGCUCGGCGUCGAUAAUCUGCAUGCCUUCAUCACCGCCAUGUUCCCUGGGCCAUGGGCCGCAUACUCGCAGCGUAUGCUCGCGGGCGAUUACUAUAAAAGAGAGGAGCCGCUGUUUCAUAUCGAUCUUGCAAGGAAGGAUGCGAGGCAUGCAAAAGCGCUGGCUGAUGCGAGUGGGACCAGUGUCAAGGGGCUUGAUGUUGCGAGGGAGCGGUUGGACACUGUUAAGGAAGUACUGGGGGACAAGGGGGAUAUUCCGAGUGUGUAUGGAGCGGUGAGGAAGGAGAGCGGCUUGGAGUUUGAAAAUGGGAAGUAGAUGCAUGUCUGCUAUGGUGUUGGUGCUUCAGCUCCCAUGACAAGUUACUUGUGGAAUGAAGAAUCUUGCCUGGAUACUGAUUUGGUAGCAAUAGUCUUUGGGGCGCAGAAAUUCUCCGAGCAGGAUGUGCGCCAUCGAUAUCCGAUCUUCCAACAUCUUCGAAGCACCACAGCUCUUGUGAAGGCUGCAAGAUUUUCGUCUCUAUCAGUGUAUCAUGCGCGUCACGAGUGCCCAUUGCGAAGGCGGA